UGACAGAAGAAUUGACAUUGUCUACAAUAUGCCCGGGGUUUCGAAGUUUGGGUCUGCCGCCCUGCGACCGAAAAGUAAAGUCAUGUAUACAGGAUUGCUUCUGGUUUUUAUAAAUGGAGUUUUAGAUGCCGAUUUUAUGAGAAACCCAUCUAGCACGUGGUAUGACGGAUACAUAAAAUGUCGACAAAUGGUCAGACCAUGUUGAACACUGCGGAUGUGUUUAAUGGUGACACGUCUGGCCUCAACAUAACAUAUCCCAUUUGGCUCAACGGCUUCGAAGUGCGACUACUAGACAGACACUACGCACUCAAUAAAAUUCCGAAAAAUCAAAACGCCUAUGUUCGUUGUGUGGACAAAGGCGCAGCGUUCGUUGGAUAUUACCGAGUCAUGCAGUUUGAGGAAGGACGCAACUAUUGUCAGAUUCAAACCAAUGGAUCACCUUUAGAUUUGCCAUUUGUGAAUACCACUAACCUGUACAUGUUUAGUGUGUUUACUGAAAAGCCGUUUUGGAUAAAAGAUGUUGACGUCGGACCAUUUCUACACUCUGAAGUCCUGACUGCGCAUUGUUUUGUGCUAUUAGAAUUUCGCGAUUUGCAAAAAGACAACUGUACCAACAAAUAUCCAUCCAUCUGUGCAAAUGCAACUGUUCAUGACGCUAUACAGUACAAGGGACAACAGUCGAGUCCGCCAAACUACGAUCCGACUUCAUCUAGCACACACGUAACAUCAUCAGCAGCAAAUACCCCGUUCUUUUAUAACGAUUCAACCAGCGAGCCUAAAACCGAAGAAGAGGCGAAUACAUCGUCCAUUAUUAUAUGGAUAUCAACAACUAUUGGCUCAUGUCUGGUUGUACUUAUAGUCAUAAUCGCUUGUUUGUGCCUCAAGAGAAAACAUGGGAACAACACUCGAACUACCGUUCAGCAGAACGAACUUGUACUGCCAUCGAAUGUUCCGCAGGAAGAUCACGAUCACCAUUAUGAUGUUAUUCCCGACGAUAUAACAGAACGUGAGGUAACACCGUACACCUCACUUCAGAUGACAGAAAAACAUCCGUACACGGCCUUGGCGGGACCUAGCUUCAUGUCAACAGAAAGGUCUUCUUAUGUUAUUGGUCGAAUUGCUGAUAAUGCCGUUCCAGUUGAAACACAGUUUCAAAUGACCGAACGACAAGAGAAAAAUUACGACAAACCGGAAAAUGACGGUAUAAGGGACACAAUCUACGAUGAUGUCAAAGUGUCGGAAAAAGCAGGGUCCAGGGCAGAAAAAUACCGAAUACGAGGCCAAAUGUCGAAUUAAUUUGUUAAAUAAGGUUGGAACGAAAUUCGCUUGAAAGAUCAAACUGUUAAGGAUUGAAUCCAUUGCAGCUCACUACCUACGACGGUGAACCAUCCUCACAAAAUUAAAAAAAUAAACGUGCAUCGGAAACCGUUCAAAUAACGGAAAUACGACAAUAAUAUAUUGGCAAAACGAUACCUCAUGUUAAUAGUCAUAAGAUUUAGACUCCACACUACCUACUCUGACAUACAAUGUAUACAUUGUAACAAAAAUGGACAUAGUGUACUUAAUUUCGUAACAACGUCAACAAAAAUAUUUAAAAUGUGUUAACGUAUUGUAGGUAAUUAAUAUGUAAAUAUUGUAAAUUUGGAACACUCAUACCGUAUAAUAAUAUACGUAAAUACUGAUAUUAAAAAAGCAGAGCUUUACAAAUCUUCAAAACUGUAAUUGUCUAAGUGUUGUUGCUGUUGUGUUUUUUUCUUGGUUUCCCGUACAACAAUUUUCCUUAUUUAAAACCUGUAGUAUGUGUUUUGUAAAUAUUCAAAAUAUUUGUAUCUUUUUAUUUGUUCCCAUAUUCAUUUUGUGAAUUGUAGUUUUCUUGCAAUGAUUCUACUUAAACCAUAAUAAUAACGUAGGGUAAAAUAAAAUUAUAAAACAGGCAUAAUAAGAAAAUGCCAUAUAAUUCUUAAUUUGACCUAUUAACUCUCAUAAAUGUUGUACAUUAAAUAUUUAUUUCAUCAAUAUAUGUGAUAUAUACAGUAUAUUUAUCAUUAUAAGCCGGUCAUAUAAUGUUUGUGUUAUGUGUAUAUUGUAUAUUGUAAAUAUUGCCUU